AUGGAGCCGGCUACUGAAGCUUAUAAUUACCCAGUUUAAAAGGAGACACCAAAUUAACCAAUAGGAUAAUAAACUUAUUAACAAUAACAACAGAUAAAUUAAGGUUAAGGAGUUCCUCUUGGAUAUCCAGUUAAUCAGUAAUACAAUCCAAUAUAAUAACCAUAUAUAAGUAUCAAGUAAGUUAAUUUAGAUGGUCCUGUUAUAAUUUAGCCUGUCAUUGUAUUAAAAGCAUUUAAAUAUAAAUAUAAUCAAAUUAUAUAAUAAAUAAUAUAAAAGAUCAUAAUACAAUAAAUUAGAAGAGUAAAUGUGGAUGAAUGCUCAUAUCCUGCAGAUAUAAUUUGCUCCUAAUGUGGAAAACCUGGUCAAACUUUUAUAAAAUAUAGAAGUGGGUGUCAUACAUGGCUUGCUUGCUGGUUAUUAUUUCUAUUUUUUUUACCUCUUUUCUUUUUGCCAUUUUGUUUUGAAGAAUGUUAAGAUAAAAUACAUUAUUGUAGAAAUUGUGGUAAAAAAGUGGGAAAGAAAAAAUACAAAAUUUGUGGAUGA